AUGUUUGAUUUGAAUGCUCCGUUCGAUCCCAUGCUUGCGUCUGAUGCAGGUCAGGAUACUUGGGGUUUGGAUGCAAUUCAGCCUAAUUAUGCUGGUUAUUAUCCAUCGCAACACCCGGUUAAUUUUGAAGCCCCUCCUGUUAGUUUUGGACCGCCGACUGAUAGGUCUCAGUCUCCUCCCAUAAGUGAUGGACCGCCGGAGGGUCCAAAUACUGACCAGGAACGUAGUGAGUUUCAAAACAAGCAGGCCCUCGUCACCAAACGCACCAUCUACGAUAAAGAUGGCAGCGGUCAGCCGUUAAAAAUUUGGCUUACGUGCGAUUGUGCCGGCGAGUACAAAUCAACAGCCACGGUCAGACGCAGCGGGACCAGGAAAACCGGUUGCAAGUUCCAACUGAUCGAGGCAUACAAAAAGAGGUUAGGUUAUUGGGAUCUAAGGGUUGGGGAAGCUAAACAUAACCACGAACCAUUUCUGUAUCCAGAGGGUCAUCCGUCCCUAAUGAGGUUGACUCCAUUAGAAGAGAGGACGGUGGAGCAAAUGAUGCAUCAGAACAUAAAACCACGAGACAUUCUUGCUGCCAUUAAAGAACAGAACCCCCAUAAUGUCUCAACAAGAAACACCAUAUACAACGCUCGGGCCAAAUUGGGUCGAAUGGAACAAGUCAGCGAGACUCCAAUGCAGAUACUUUUUGACCGAUUGGAGAAGGUUGGGUUUGUUUUCUUACCAUAG